GUCAAAUAAAUAAAUAAAAUCUUUAAACAAACAAAAAAAGAUGAUACCACAGGCAGAGACACCAGUUUGGAAGCUAUCAGCAUUACACCAAUUGAGCCCAGUUACUAACUGAUGAGAACAGAAAUAAAAACAUGGAUUGAGAGGUAUUUAAAGGAGGGAAAACGCAGGUGUUGCUGAACCUCAUAUCCAAUUCUUAGUAAGGCAGUAAUCAAGGUCAUCUGGACUGUGAAGAAAUCAACGGGUAGAAUCUUAGCUGAGGAAAAGGAUAAAGUGUAAAACGAGGUAAACAUUCAAGGAGGAAUAAAUACAUUACUGGGUAAGAGUGAGGCCUCUCCUCAAACUGGGUAGCCUUAAUUGGCAGAAGAACUGAUCUGUCUGGUUUCAUGACUCACUGGGCUGCCAAAAACAGGAGAGGAGAAAGCCACUACUAUGUCUGGGGAUUGAAAGAGCAAGUACAACAAAUGCAAAAUGCGCUGAAAGUAGGAGUGCGAGUUGCUAAGAUCUCUAACCAAAGGGAUGCUAGGAAAGGGCCUAGAAUUUUAAGAUUAAAAUUUAAUUUCAAAUGCUAUACUUUGUUGGUGUCAGCAAAAUUCUCAAAUGGGGUGAGUAAAAAAACCUCCAAUGACUCUGCCUUUCAUCUCCCCUUUACCUACAGAAAAAAUACUACAAGAAGGAUCUUAAGUAGUAAUAACACGCAGUCUAGCUGCUUAAAAUUAGCGCAAGGUGAAUGCUUGGACUCCUAUUUCCUUCCUCUACCCCUAUUAUAAUUACUUUGUGACACAAACUCAAGUCUGUGGGAAGAGAGAAAUCUUACACCUGCUCAAUCCCCUGCAGGACAACGCCCAGCCACCAGGUUAAGCCUGGGCAAAAAAGUCCCGCCCACAAUCGAGAAGGAGCGACUCGACUUGGAGGCGAUGACGAGAUCGCGGGGGAGGGAGGGAUUCUUCUAGGCCCAGGGCGGUCCUUAGGAGACAGGAGGCAGCAGAGAACUCCCAUAAAGGUAUUGCGGCACUCCCCUCCCCCUACCGAGAAGGGUGCGGCCUUCUCUCCGCCUCCUCCACUGCAGAUCCCUCAGGAUUGCAGCUCGCGCCGUUUUUGGAGAACAUGCACCUCCCUCCCACAAACCAACAAGACCGACCCCCGCUCUUUCCCCCACCCCCGCGACUCCGAGAGCAGAUCCGGAUCGUCUCGUCCUUCAAGCGGCGGACGCCCGGGGCGGAGCCGCGGUCGCCACCACCCAGAAGCCUCGGCCCAGCAGCCCGCCUCCGCCUUCAGCGCGCGCUUCCUGCCACGUUGCGCAGAGGCGCGGGGCCAGACACUGCGGCGCUCGGCCUCGGGAAGGACCGUACCAACGACCGCCUCCCCGCCACCCCUGCUGACCCGCUCAGUGGUUUCGCUCAUUUGGGACCCGAGCCAAUGGCAUGGGGCCUUUCCCCGGGCUUCAGCAACCAAUCAGAUGCCGAAGCUGAGCCGGCGGCGGGUAAACCGACUCCCUCCAAGGAAGGGGCGGGUGGCAGGACGCCCGCUCGGAGGCACUUUCACUGACCCUCCACUCCCCGCGGGAGGUCGACCGCGCCCGCUCCUCCAACUCUCUCCCCACCCCAUCUACCUACCCAUCCCACCCAGGGAGCAAUGCGAGCGUGCCCAUGCGACUGCGCACUCCCGAGGCUGUAACUGACAGGCGCUUUACUCCAACCAAAACACGCCAUUUGUGUUUUCACACACGGCGGGAGGAGAAGCGGCCAAUCAGUGACAAGAGGUGAGCCGGAAGCGCUCCUCCCUCUGCAUGAGCAAUGGCUCCGUCUGGAUUCGAGCCUUUUCCGCUCUCCUCCCUCCCCCUCUGGUUGCCGCAGGGCGGGCCAUACUCCUGCCUGCCUCUGACCACCUCCUUCCCUUCCAGCCUAACAAACGUUAUACUCCCUACUGCCCGCGGGGGAAAGCGACCCCUAUCUCUCCGUCUGACCGCCUCAGCCACCCAUCUCCCUCCUUUCCACCGGGCC